AUGGGUGCUCAUGUCCGCUACCCGAGGAACUUUUCCGCUUGGUUCAGUACCCGCCUGUUGGGGGCUGGAAUUCGCGUUGAAUUAACACCAAACAUGCUCAACUUCUCUUUUCAAUAUUGACAUGAGUCACAUUAUCAAUCCUUGUUCCAAGGUGGGUGUUGCGACUGGAGGCAGCCAGAGUGGACUUCAGUACCAGUAGACCUCGACUUGGUCGUGAUCAAUUCGUUCUAUAUAUUCAGGCCUCGCGGUUCUGCCGAGGUGACCUGGCCGGAGGCUCAGAUCAAGAUCAAGGCAACAUUGAAAUACAUACCAAAGCCAGGGUGGUAGAUCCCAAAGAAAAUAGAAACACAUCAAGAUCCGCCAAAAUGGGCUCGAUCGUUCAACAACACCCGCUUUCCCAACGACCGACCUACAACGACGACCAACUCUCCACCUACGUCGCCCUCAUCAACCCCGACCCAUCAUACUCACUAGCGAAACUCAGGUCGGAAAUCCAAGAGAAUCCUCUUGCAGCCUUGUCAACACUCCAACUGCGACAGAUCGCGGCCGUUCACUGGGGAAAUGUUGCCUUGCAUUAUUCACAUCAUCGAACCCUGGCUCUAGACCCUGAUUCGCUGUUCCACAAGAUUGUCGAGCGCAAGUUUGGCGGAUAUUGCAUGGAAAACAAUGCCUUCUUCUCCACCAUCUUGCGCUCUCUUGGUUACCAGAUCUACGUCUCGGGCGCGAGGAUCAGUAACGCUUUGAUGGGACAUGCCGAUCCGGAUGGGUUUGCUGGAUGGCAACAUGAAGUUAUUCUAGUAAUCAUCGAUGGUCAGAAGUAUUUGGUCGACGUUGGACUAGGUGGUGGAUGUCCUGUUCACCCUAUACCCCUUGACAAAAGCACCAGUCAAAGCUACGAUACCACACCUGGCAGCAGCGUGCGGGUGGUCCGCCGCAAUAUUGCAUCCCACACGACGGAUCAACAGGUCUGGGUGCUGGAGCUCAGCAACACAACCACCAACACCUGGUCUGCCGCGUACUGUUUCACUGAAGUCGAGUGGUUGCCCCAAGACUUUGAAAUCAUCAACUUCAACACCUCGCAGUCUCCUAGGAGUUGGUUCACCUAUCGGGUUAUCUUGGUCAGGCUGGUCAUUGAUGAAGAGACACGAACAAAGGCCUUGGGCUCAAUCAUGCUGAUGGAUCAUAAGUUUGAAAGGCGGCUAGGUGACGGUAAAAAGGAGUUGCUGUUGGAAGCAAAGACUGAAGAGGAGCGAGUUCAAGGCUUGAGACAAUGGUUCGGCAUCAUUCUGCGUCCAGAGGAAGAACGAGGUAUUCGAGCCCUGGCUAGCGAGAUUCGCGGAGCCCCUCCAGGUUCUUGAGGCCUCGUUCUCGGCAUUAUCGUUAUCAUGUCGGUUCCCGUCUCCUGACUUGCUAGGGAUGGUACCAAUACGAGCCCACUACCUGUACAGCACUGGCGACUUCUUCACUUCAAUCCCAAUCGUUUGAGUGAACCAUUUAUAUUUAGAAUAGGAGAAAGAAGAAUUGUCGUGCAGUCUGCACACAACCCUGCAUUCAUCCCUGGACAAGAAUUGUGCUAGCCCCUACAUCGGUCUGGUGAUUCUGUCGAUGUAGUCUAAGUCAAUUCGAUCCAUCCAUUGGUAAAGGCAGAAACGAGCACGGAGAGGGGAUAAGAAACGGGUGUAUUUGGCGAAAUACUCAAGCCCUAGCUCUACCGGCUUAGGGUCCUCACCUUGACCACCGCGACUUCUGUUUCCAGCAUGAAGCUAAAACGGAGGCUUUCUCCUAUGAAGCGAAAGAGACCUAGAUAUAGAAACAAUGUGCAUUCGCGAGCUAGCAAA